UCCCCCGCCCUCCCCCCCCCCUCUCUCUCCCUCUGGCAGCGCACACUUGACACGCCCAUUGGCCGGCCGCCUGCCAUGGUUGAGAGUGCCCAUCCACUGCCGUCGGUGGUUGCCAGCACCAAUCAGUCGGCUCUGCGGCGGUCGCUACUCAAAUGCCCCACCGAGCAGCUCGUAGCCCUGGCCUCGCAGUCUUGGGGAGUUGCGCUCCCCGGGGAGCUGGUGGCUCCGGGCGAGGCCGCCGCGCCGGUGGCUGCCCCCGGCGACCCUGCCUCGGGCGGAGUCGCUGACAGGCGGCGCCGGGUCGCCGGGGCGACCCUCUCCGAGACUCUCCGGCGAAGGCAUAUUGUUCGCGUUAUUCUGGAGGACAAGGAGGGCGGCUUCACGUUUCAAGAGGUGGCGGAGACCGAGAUCGUGGCAUCCAAAUAUGGAGCCGGCAAGACUUGGUCCACGCUGCGCUACCGGAACACGGACCCGACACGUGUGGCCGACGCGUCGGGUGGCCUCAGCCGGACGGCUCUCGAGGCCCUCCCCGGUCUUGCAUCUGCGUGCCAGGCCCGUGUGGCGCAGUUUUCCAAGAAUCAUACUUUCAUUCAGGCAGAUCAGGAUCUGGAUGCCUUCUGGAUCCGCGUGGCCCUCAUCGAUGGGCUGACAGCCACCUCGUCUGUUCUUUCCUCGGACUCGGUCUUCUUUGUCCUUCUGCCCGAGACCGACAUCUUGCUGGUGUCCGGGGGAAAGGCCACAACACGGGCCUUUGUCCUUGAGGCUGUGGCCACCGUCUUGCGGAUCCAGCUGCGUGCAGACGACCAGCCAGUGAGGGCGGCAGCCAUUCGGACCCUUGUCCGGUCACUCCGCCAACAGAUGCAUCCGGGCCCGGAGCUGAGCACCCGGCAGAGGGCCCUGUUGGCGGACCCGGCAUCGGCCGGGCCGAGCCAGCAGCUGGAAUGCACCCUCAGUGCUCUGCCCUCGGAAGCACAGGCCCUGGUGCGCAUGAAUGCCGAAGCGCUGCCGCAGAUGGACGACCGCCUGCUGGAGGAGCUGCUCAGUGCGCCGCCGGGGGAAUUCCUCACCAGCGCCGCGGUGACCGACGCCAGUUUGUGGACAUUCAUCCGGGCCGAAGCGGCGGCACUCUUCGGCGACCAUGCCGCCGAGGAUGCCGCCACGGCGGAGCCCAACAUGGGCAUGGCCUUGUCGCAGAUCCGGGUGACGCUGGACCGGCAGGCCGAUGCACGGCGGGACUGUGUGCAUUUGGCCCCCGGGUCGGCGAGGCCCAUGCUGCCGGCGGAUCUCCAGAUGCAGGAGCAGCGCCUGGCGCACAUGCUCCAGGACUUGCGCAUGCGUGAGCCCAUCAACAUCAAGUAUUCCAUCAACCUGGUGGGGACCGACAUUGGCGGGGCCGUGCGCCGUGGGGACUUGAAGCGGUAUGGCCUGGUGUCCGACAUUCGCCGGCCCUAUGCGCCCUUGUGGCUGGCCGUUGGCCGGGCCCGAGGGGACAUCAUGGCGGAGGAGUCUUCCACCGAGAGGUGGUCCUCUCCCGGUGAUGAUGGAGGUCCAGCUGGCGGGCCGGCAGAUGCGCUGGCCCGGGUGGCCGGGCUGGAUGCCGCUCGGGCGGCCGCCGCCGACGCAGACCUCCCGGCCACCGGGUUCGGCUUGUCCAAUGAAUGGACCAUCGAUGUGAACGGCCGCGUGCGUUGCCCACGCCAGGGCCGGUAGCAAUAGACCUCACACCUGCUGACA